AUGUUGGCUCCUCGACCAGCGACAACGACAACAACAAAGACAACAAAGACAGCAUCGACAGCCCUGGACAAGGUGGCAACAACAUCAACAGCCGACCCCGCACUGCUCCCACCACCCACCCACCAACACCACCCAACGCGCCUCGCUCUCACCGCCAAAGGGGUGAGACCAGACCACACCGCGGCAAUCUCUGCGCCUGGCCAACCGAAGGGACAAGUCGCCGCAACACGCACCCACAAACCCACAAACCCCCACCCAACCACCCAAGCACGACCCAUGCGUCUCCUCUUCCUCGUGUUCAUGGCGAUUACCGCCAUCGCAGUCGCGUCGCGUCACGAAGCGCGCCAGAGGCCACAGCGCGUGCGCAUCAGCCAGCGCCCAGGCGUCGGAAAAGUCUAUCUCGACCACCACGGGCAACUCAGGGCCGGCUGCACCAAGGCCAGAUGCCGCCAUCUCGGGCUAGUGACGACCGACGGAGGACGUCGACUAAAUAAUUCCUUCACGGGCUUUGCUUUGUUGUAUCAGUACGCCGCAUUCGACGACUCACCACCCCACUCGCCCACCGGCGCCACCCACCGCUGCCCACACCGGGCCCCACAUCCCCCCCUCCUGUAA